GACAUAGACAUAACCUGACGUAACCUUACUUCUUACUUUCUUAUUUAAAACUUACAGAAAUUGGGGUUUGAGUACUAUUCAAAUUUUGAAUCGUAUUUAAAUUAUUGUACAGAGAAAUCAAUGUGAAUAAAAACAAUUUUAAUUUGUGAUGACUAAAAUUAUUAUAAGACGUUAAAAAAUAAAUAAAUGUAAAUUAUUGAGACCAUAGAUAUAUUGAGACAGGUUUGGAGUUUGCAGAUAACAGAAAAGUAGUAAAAUUAGUAAACCCAAAACAUGUCGAAUUCACAGGAAAAAAGAUCUUUUACGACAGAAGAAUGGAACUAUCUUACAAAGUAUUUUGUUGGAAAUACAUUUCGAUAUAGAGAUAACAUUAUAAUACCUAAAGGUGUUGGACCCAUUCAAAUAAAAACAAAUGAAGAAAAGAUGGUAGAAUCUUUUUUUGAGAGCUGUGCUUUUAAGUCUCUGAUGAGUUGUGUAGUAGGAUAUGGAUUAGGAGCAGCUAUAGGUUUGUUUUCAUCAAGUAUGGGUCCUGCUUCAGUUACAGAUACUGCAGAACCUCAAACUGCAAGGCAGGUAUUUAGAGAAAUGAAAACUACAACUUUGGGUUAUGCAAAGAAUUUUGCAGUGAUAGGAGCUCUGUUUUCUGGAGUCGAAUGUAUUAUAGAAUCAUCAAGGGGUAAGUCAGAUUGGAAAAAUGGGACAUAUGCUGGGGCAGUAACAGGUGGAUUAAUUGGAUUAAGGGCUGGUGUAAAAGCCGGAGUAGUGGGAGCAAUGGGCUUUGCAGCAUUUUCAACAGCUAUUGAUUAUUAUAUGCAUAGCAGAUUCUGAUUUUAUUUUUUGUAGAUAAUAUUGUUUAAUGUAUGUUGUAAAUAAAUAAUUGAUUACUACAA